AUGCCGAAACACAGCCGUCAUUCAUCCUCUAGGAAAAAAGAAUCGAGACCGGCAGUUUAUGGCGACGAAUAUGAUGCUCGAUCAUAUGCGCAUUUAGUUCCUGGACAAGCCCCUCCAGAUGCUCAACCUACAAGAGAAGCUUCGUCAAGACAUAGUUCCCGAGAUGGCUCACAUUCCAGUCGAAGAAGGAAGUCUAAGAAAUCUAAGCACAAACGUUCCCGUGAAUCAAGAGAACGUGACAGAGAAAGGACUCCACCAGAAAGCGCUGGAAAUAAGUCCUUAGUUCAAGCAUAUGAUGAUAUUAGCAGUGAUUCUGAUAUAUCUGACAAAGUACUUUUGAGAGAGACAGUUCGCUCUCCAAGUCCGAUUGCCCCAGUUUCACGAUCAGGACACGUUAAAAGUAAAAACAAGAGACGUAGUGUUUCACCUGCCACAUUAAUCAGGAGCUAUGCAAAUGAUAGGAGUCUGAGUAACUCACCGUCACAUGCUCGUGAUCCUAGUCCAUAUUCAGAUUUAAAUGCAAAACGUGGGAAACAGAAGCGCAAACAGUAUUCACCAAAUUAUGAAAAACAAUUUGACGAUUCUCGGCCUUCCCCUGAACCACCUCGGGCAUAUGCUGACCUGCCAAAAGCUUAUAGUGCUAGAAGAGUGGCAUCUCCAAGUCCGCCUAGGAAAUUUACAAAACGUUAUGUGUCUAGAUCUAGGUCUAGAAGUCCCUUGUUCAAUAGAAGACGAGACCGUGCUCACAGUCCAAACUUCAAUGUUGGAAAUGGUAAUAAAUCAAGAAACAGAAGUCGUUAUAUGUCACCUCCAAAUAGAGGACGACCUAUGUCACGUCGAAGUCCAUCAAGAUCUCCAACCAGACAUUCCAACCGUUAUUCUUUAUCACCUAGUCCAUCAGGGGAAUCAAGACGUAAUAGGAAUUCUAUAAAUCAGUCCACAGUGAAAUAUCAAUCUAGUUUACUUUCAGAAAUAAGUAAACACAAACGUGCCAGGGCAUUACGCAAUGAUCGAUUGCAGGAUAACAAACGAUCGUAUAUCAAAGACAGUCCAGUUACUUCCUCCCGUGAACCCAUUGUCAUCUCCCCUUCCCCUCCUAAAGAUUCUGAUCGUAUCCCACAACAAAAGAGUCAUGCUCUUCCUGAAAGACGAGAAUCACGGCCAGAACGCCCUGAUCGAAUUGAUCAAAGGAACAUUGAUGAGAGAAGGCCAGUUGAGGAGCGUGAACGUAGACCAGUGGAAGAUCGCAGAACUAUUGAGGAGCACAGACCAGUAGAUGAGAGACGACAGCCUGAAGAUCGUAGACCUGGUGGUUAUAAUGAGAGAACAGAUGAAAGACGUGGUAAUGUCCGUCCUGAGGCUCAAGAUGAAUCCAGAAGAACACCUCCUAGACGACAAUUACCAUUACCACAAGUUGUUACCCCAGAAUCUAGUUCUAGUCAUUAUAGUGAACGCUCUAGAUCCAGAGAAAGAGAACCCUCUCCUAGAAGGCGACGCAUUACAGAAUUACCAAUGCCACCUGUUGUUGAUGAUCCAGAAUAUGAUCAAGAUCCUGACUGUAGCCAAGAUUUAGACGAUAAAAAAGACCCUAAAUUAAAGAGGCCUAG